AUCCUGGCUCCACCGAUGCAGGACCAGACCGGGGCCGCCUCCGGCUCGGGGGAUCCGGGCACGGCCGCGGCAGAUCGCGGCGAGGGCGGCUCCUCCUCCGCCGCCAGGCUCCCCUCCCGCAACGCCUCCUCCAAGUACGACUUCGUCAAGGUCAAGGUGUGGCUCGGGGAGAACGCCGACCACUACUACGUCCUCUCCAGGUUCCUCCUCAGCAGGAUGCUCACCGUCACCAAGAUUCCGAACCAUGUCGCCAUUAAGAUCGCCCUUGAACUCAAGAAGCUGCUCGUCGACAACAGCCUCCUCGACGUUUCACAGAGUGACUUAGAGGCCAACCUUUUCAAGCUAAUGGAGAAAAGAGGAUAUGGAGAGGACUAUAUUAAUCGGUAUAAAAUGAUGACAAGAUUCCAUCACCAGAGAGUACCAUUAGUAAUUUUGGUGUGUGGAACUGCCUGCACUGGGAAAUCAACAAUUGCUACACAACUAGCUCAAAGGCUCAACCUGCCAAAUGUUUUACAGACAGACAUGGUCUAUGAGUUGUUGAGGACAUCAACGGAUGCUCCGCUAACUUCGGUACCUGUAUGGGCCCGGGAUUUCAAUUCACCUGAAGAACUUAUUACCGAAUUUUGCAGAGAAUGCAGAGUUGUUCGCAAAGGUUUGGCUGGUGAUUUGAAGAAAGCAAUGAAAGAUGGGAAGCCAAUUAUAAUAGAGGGAAUACAUUUGGAUCCAAGCAUUUAUCUGAUGGACGAGGAAAAUGCAGAUGAUAAUUCCAGAAUGGAGAAAAAGGCUGAACCUGCAGAUUUUGUUGUCUCUGCAGAAAAUAAAACAGAACAGCAAUCAGAAAAUAGAUUACCUGAGAACAAAUUGAGUGUUCUAAAGGAAGAUAUCAUACAAGAUCAGAACUCUAUACCUGAGAGUAGGACCAGUGAAGGGCUGCUUGGUGCCAACAACCACGAGAUUAAUUAUUCUGAAUCUAUAGAUUCUGAAGAGAAAAAUCCCAAAGCUGAAGGCAAUGGACAUAAGGAUUUGGACCAACAGAAGAACAACACUGCCAGGAAAGACAAACCUGCUGCUGAACCAAUAGUUGUUCCAAUUGUGUUGCGUAUGUCUGAUUUUGAUCACAAGGCGUUGUUAGAGGAAUGGAUAGCCACAAGAGCUUUCAGAGAUAAUUGCCUUCCUCAGGAUCAUCGAAAGCUCAUUAACAACCUCAAACUUAUUCAGGAUUAUCUUUGCUCUUUUGAGUCACAGGGAUUGACUAUCGUUGACAUCUCGGCAAACUCAUUUCCUCAAACGUUAGAUUGGCUUCAUGGCUACCUUCUUCAGUGCAUCGAGCGCGGCCUCCUGGCUGCAUGUUCAGAAAGUCCCAAGCAAGGGGAAAGCCAAUCAACAUGACAGAUAUCCAGUGCUUGUGGAAUCUUGAUUGGUAUUUAUGUGGUCAGUUCCUAGUGGCACUAAAAGUCCUUGUAAGCAGAAAAGGCGGGGACUUUGGUUCGAGAGAGACCUGCAGAAUUGCUAGACAUGAUGUCUGUUCGUCGUCAUAAAAUUUUCAUUAUUUAUUCCUUUUUUUCCUGUGCAUACAUCACCUAUCCUGGCCAUGGCCUAUUUGCCUCGGGUACAGUGAAUACCAUCUUGAAUGACUAGUAUUCUGUACUUGUGUUGUAAUGUUAAUUGCCAGCAACUUGAGCUUCAAAAAAGAAACUGCCGAACUUGUGCAACA